UAAUCUUAUGUCAUAGCCCAUAGGUAAAUUCCAAUCCGAGCCCAAGCCGUGGUCAUCCCAAAAGCUAAAUAGGUAUAUAUACUGAUGGUUUAUUUUUCACGAUGCAGUCUCGUAUGAUUUUUCGAACCGAAAUAUCGACAAGUGUACUAGUUGAACGUUGUGAGAAAUAAUUCAUUUUUUUUUUGUCAAGUGUGAAAUUUUGAUCUGUAUAAUACUUUCUAUCGUUGACUUUUCUCUUUUUUUCCUUACUAUUAUACGAAAUUACGAACAGACACGAGAGUUUCCAAGAUGAAAUUCGUUUGUAUUGUGUUCGCUUGUAUCAUCGCCGGAGUAUUUUCGGAUCCAAAGUGCCUGGUUAAUCCUCGAAACGGUAUAUACUCGGGAGCAUGUAAAAUUCGAAAUUUGACCGUUGUCAACAUACAUAAUAACGCAAUCAUCCAUGAAAGGUCGUGCAAGGUGGAUAACGUAAGGCAGUACAUCCCUCAGUACAUUAAGUUCCACAACGUGACAAGGAAUGUUUCUCAAUCGUAUUUGUUAGCUGUAGUUGACACCACUAACAACAAGUUGCUAGGACUGAUGUCCAAUUUAACCAUGCAGAGUGGCACAAUUCCCACCUCUUCGAAAAUUAACCCGAACAUUCAAACGAUAAAAGAUUGGAACACACGUGCGAAUCCACGUUCUGGGAAUCUAACAGUCCAGUAUCUGGUAUUCGAGGAACAUCGAAAUAACCCCAAAUUAAAUUAUACUGCUGACUGGGCCCUUAAAUUAUCUCCGUUCAACCUAUUCGUUUGGAUAAAAUCUCAAGAAUGUAGUGGAAUUUCGAUUUGCGGACCUGUUGCAGGAGGAAACGUAGUGCUUCUUCCAUCGCUGGAAUCUCCACAAACAACGACUGCUGCACCAAAGCCAAGACCACGACCUAAAAUCACAACAACAACAAUCAAAACACCAAAUUUGGUCAUAAAAUUUGAAGGUAAAAAAAAUUCUAAUAAAAGAAAAGACCCUAAAAAAAAGAACAAAAAUGUUUGAAGACAUGUUAAAGCAAGAUCGUUGGCAGUGUACCUAGUUACUUAUCCUAGUUUACCUAGACAACUAUGAAUACGUUACUAUCUCUUUUGCUUGCUGUUUUAUCUUAUAAGUAUAAGUCUACCUACUUAAACAUAUUAUUAAGCAAUCUAGUCGGUAGUCAGAUAUAAAAAUAGUUACUAGUCGACUUUUUAUAGUUAAUUAAUAUCUGUCUAUUAUUUGGUAAAUAUUUGCUAAGUACAAUCAUUUAAGUAUGUAUUUCUAGAUGCAACGUUUUUUAAAAUAAAUUUUCAAGUAUGAAAAAAAUUGCAAU